GGAUUUUAAUCACAGAGCGUGAUCUUGGGCGGCUGAGAUCAGAGACCCACAAAAAGGUGUUUGAGUCUGGCUCGGUACCUUCAACAUAGCCGAAGAAGCUGCUCUAGCUUAUGACCAAGCCGCCAUGCGAAUCCACGGUGACAAAGCCAAGCUCAACUUUGCCCAUCACCACCACCAACCACCUCCACCUUCCACUCCUGAGCCGCUACAGCCGGCUGCUAAGAAGCGCUGCAUCUUUCCCGAGUCAAGUGAGUCGAGUUUUGAAACCACUGAGCCACCGCCGCCACCACCACCGAUGCUAUUGCAGCCACUGAUUCAGAACGAGAUUUGUUGCAAGAAUGAGGUCGCUCCGUUUGAUCAUGGGUUUGAGCUGAAAGAUCAAAUCUCGAGCUUGGAAUCGUUCCUGGGUUUGGAGCCUGAGUCGGAGCCGAGUUUGGUGAGUGGAAGCGGAAGCGAGUUAAGGGAAUCAGUGGACCUUUGGAUGCUUGAUGACCUGGUUACGCAUCACCAACAACAACGUCAGCUUUUGUAUUAGCUAGGGAAACCCAGAAGAAUCAGUUUU